ACACCCUGAAUGAACUGCUGAAAAACUGCUUUCAGAGGUUUUACAUUCAGUUGUAGCAGCAACAGCAAAGCCUGUUGCAAACAUGUGGGCUGAAGAUGACUUGGGCCCUGGUGCUCCACCGUGUCUUGAGAGCUAUUCAGCCCCAGUAGAAGGCAAAGUCUACAUCAUGUAUCACGGCACAUCCGAGGUGGCUGCUGAACAAAUUGCUGAAGAGGGUUUUAUUCAGUCCUCUAAAGGCAUGCUCGGACGUGGCGUCUACCUGAGCCGAGAUCUAGAAAAGGCCUCCAGAUACCCUCUGAAUCUGCCUGAAGACCAGAGAGUGAUUGUUAGAGUGAUGGUUGAUGUUGGGAAAGUGAAGAAGAUUGACUACCAAGGCCAUCCAAUGCAGAAAACCUGGCAUGAUCAUGGGUACGACACUGCUUGGUGCCCUCCAGACUGUGGAAUGGUGCCAAGCGGUCUUGAAGAAGAUUGUGUUUGGGAUCCAGAACGAAUCACAGUCAUUGAUUUAAUUCAUCCAGAACAAAACGAAGAAGAGGAAAAUGGUUGCAGACUUUUCUGAAGAGGCUGAACAGAUUAUACCAAUAUAGUUAUUUGUAUUUCUGAUUCUAAGAAUGGACAUGUUAAUAAAUAUCAAUAUUAAGGUGA